AGACCAAUUAUUGCCAAAUCAUGUAUUUCGACGCAACAUGUUCUUCUUCUUCUUUCUUUUUUAUUACUUCAGCUUGACUGAUUUAUCUUUCAAGGAUUUAUCGCCAUUAUAAAAAAAGUUCAAACAAGAGCUUCGAUUGGCUAGUAGGAUGUCCUAUUAACCAAUCAGGGCCUUUGUAAUAUACACGAUUCGUAAUCAUCUUCGAGGAGACAAGAAACAAGUUUAAAAUCAAGGUCUGCCUUUUUUAUCCUGAUAAUUAGACCUUUUUGACAAACAUGAGUGCUGUUUGGACCCGUUUUCUCGGUAGAAUAGAGGCCGUGCUUCCUUCUAGGAUGGUUCCCUUUUGGAAUGCCCCUGCUGGGCCAAAGACCAUUUUCUUCUGGGCGCCAGCUUUUAAAUGGGGGCUUGUGUUUGCUGGACUUGCUGAUUUGGCCAGGCCUGCCGAUAAACUAAGCCCCUCCCAGUCCACUGCUCUUGCUGCCACGGGCUUGAUCUGGGCUCGUUACUCCAUGGUUAUUAUUCCCAAGAACUGGUUACUGUUUAGUGUGAACAUUGGGCUAGGGAUCACCGGGAUAAACCAACUGGCCAGAAUAGCUUAUUUUAGAUAUUCACAACAAAAGCUUGCUGAAUUACCUGCAGCGGAUGAAUUAACAGAGAAAUCAUCAUAACCUGGAAGAGAAUGGAUAUAUGAUUUUUAUUGCAUAUUCAUAUUAUAAUAUUAUUAGAGAACUCCCGAACAAGAUAAUGCAAUUGUUCGAUGGAAACACCAGUUAAAGUAGAAUUACUAUAGGAACUGCUUUAGAGUAAGCUUUGUGUGACAAGACUUGCCACACAGCAUUCCCAACUCCUCCCCCUCUUAAUCUGUCUGUGGUCUCCCCCCCCCCACCCCUCCCUUAUCUAUCUCUAGUCUUUUUGCCUCUGUCAUGAUAUUUUAUCAUUCUGAUACUGAUAAGAACGUUUUAUUUAUUAUCUAAGUCAUAGUAUAGAGUGGUUUUCUUAAUCCCAUGAAACAAAAUGUAAAUGUUAAAGUGUAAUAGUCAAGCCAGAACAUAAGAGAACAAAGACAUUACAGUGUAUUUGUUCUAAAUAAACUAAAUAGUAUUUUACAUGAUUUUGAGAACCACUCUACUAUCUGAUCACUGAUGUUAACAGUUUUAUUUUCACUAGAUUGGUUUGGAUCGAAAUUGGUCAUAAUUGUGUUAUAAUUAGUUAUUAUAACAAUGUUUUUAACCAACUGUUUUUAAAAGCAGUUUUCCAUGGAAAUGUAGCCUGCUUGCAGGCGUUAUACCCGGUGUGUUUUUUUCGCUCUGCGUUAAUGUGUGGUCGCCAUCUUGUUUUUGGCUGCGCUAGCUUCAGAACAAAUCAAGAUGGCGGCCACGACUCGACGCAUAGCGAAAACACCAAACACCGAGUAAACGCCUGCAAGCAGGCCAAUGGAAAUGUUAUGUUUGCAACUAGUAUUGUCAUCUAAGUUAAACUUCUACUUUAAAUGUGUAAAUUUGUUCAUUUUAUAGGAAAGUGUAAAUAUUUAUAGGUAAUAAAAAUAAUCCAUGGUUAUGUUUAA